AGGAUUGGCCGGACUCCGCCCAUAUUCCGCGCUGUGGGCAGAGCGCAGCAGGGUGCGCGAGCAAGUCAACCGCUCAACAAUCACUAGCCAAUUAGAGGGCGCGGCUUGCGGGCGCGUGCGCAGUAACGCGAGCUGCCGGGGCCGGGUGACAGCGAGCUGUAGCCGCCGGAUGCGCUCUGGCAUCGUCAUGGCGGCCGGCGGGCGGGUCCUGCUCGUAUCCCUCCUGCUGCUCCUGAGCGGGCCGGGACUUGCGCGGGGCUGGGACCAGCCGGGGAGGGUUUUGUUGCGGGAGAUCCAAACUCUCACUCUCUACAGAGAUGGAUAUACUACUUCUCGGCGGACAUCUCCAAUUCCCCAGUUACAAUGUACUGGAGGCACAGCUGGAUGUGCAUAUGUCCCCACGGUUGUUCAGUGUCAUAACAAAGGAUGGGAUGGCUUUGACAUACAGUGGGAGUGUAAGGCAGACUUGGACAACUCCUAUCGCUUUGGAAGAAUCGAAGUGAGCUGUGAAGGCUAUGAUUAUCCAGAUGACCCUUACAUCUUAAGGGGGUCUUGUGGUUUGCAGUACGGGUUAGAGUUAACCGAGGAAGGCCAAAGAAAAGCUCACAACUUUGGUGGAAGCUUUAGCUCCAGCUAUUACCAGUCAAGUAAAGUGAAUUCUCAGGAUUCCUCUGAUUCUGCUGCUGGAGUGAUUGUCAUAAUAGUACUUCUGCUCCUUGCUUAUGGAUGUUACAAGCUAUUCCUCAGUAAUCAGCUGCCUCAACAGGAUUUCUCUAAUGGUGAUGGAUACUCUAGGACAUCUUGGCAGAAUAGUCAGACACCACCUCCUCCUGGUUUUAAAUCCAGCUUCACAGGAGCUGGUGGUUUUGGUGGCGGUUCCAGUUCUGAGGCCAAUUCAGGACCAGGGUUUUGGACUGGACUUGGAACAGGAGGCCUACUAGGAUACUUGGCUGGUAGUCAAAGGGCACAACCACGUUCCUCAUAUUUUCCGUAUGCCAAUCCAUACGCUGGUCCCACUGCUUCUCCUCCUCCAGGCGGAAAUUCAGGUGGCUCUACGGGGCCUCAUACCUCAGGGACAAGAACUGCUUCUGGCUUUGGAGGCACAAAAAGGAGAUGAUGAUCGUAGUUCCCUGGCACAGUUGCAGUUAAAUACAGUUAAAUAUGUUAAAUACAGUUAAAUAUGGAGCUUCAGUUUUAAAAACUAUUGAAAUCCUUCUUCAUAGAACAUACGGGCUGGGUGUUGAGUUAGAAAUAUCUCCACAGCUUAGAGUUUAUUUUAAUAAGAUGCUCCUUGGAUUUGGAUGUUGUAGAUGUUGUGCUUUGGAGAUCCAUUUUGAAAAAAAAAUGGAGAUAAGAUCAGUGAGCAGAUACUGCUCUUGGUGGUGAGAACAGUGUUUUUUUUGUUUGUUUUUUGGUUUUGUUUGUUUUGUUUUUUGAUGUGUUCAGACUAAAGUCUAUAUGACUGCAUGGGAGAGGAAUGAAUGAAUAAAUAUAUGCAAUGACUUUUUCAUAGCCCUAACAGAGAGGUUGGAUACUAUCAUCUUGUUUAGAGAUUUAGCAGGUAUCAAAACAUAUUCUAUUUUCCCAUAAUAAAAACACAAAGGGAUAUCUUUCCAAUCUUUAGUAUUUUAGUGAUCUGGCAAUGGUACCUGUUCCAGUCUUCCAAAAUAACUAGCUUAACCAUGCCCUAGGAGCCAGUUCUUUUCAACCAGGGUUUCUCAGUCUUUGUGCUUCAGCAUCUGCAAGCCAGUGUAGACAAUUCCAUGGGACGCUAGCAAACUUGGUAAUAAACGUUCCAGCUCAUCUUCUCAGAAGAUAUUAUUGAAAUCAGUGGAAGAGGAAAAGAGCCUAAAUAUCUUUGAGGAUCUGGACCUCAGUGCAUAAUGAAGCCUGGCAUGUAAGGAAUUGUUCACCUCAGUGCUGUUUUCUGAAGAUCCAUUUGGGCUCUCUUUCACUUAUAGAAUUUAUGUGUGUUACAGUAACAGUGAAUUCAGUUAAUCGUAUAUGCAGGCAUUGUCCAUAAUUGUAGGAGUGCAAAAAAAAAUAGUGUUCUUAUGUUCAGGACUCUUUCUGCCUUUGUCCCACAUGUAAUGGGGAUCUUGGCAUCAACGUUGAGGCCUGAAGGUUGCAUAUUUGAACGCUUACUUGUUUUUAUGAUUCAUCCUUGAAAUGACAUGACUUAUGUGCAUUAUUAGGUAUUUUGUUUUUUAAGUAUAUAUCCACAGAUUCAUCUAACACUGGGUGUCUUAGCCUAGAUAAGGAGCUACUGGCCAUUGCCUUUAAUUCCAAAUCUUGUCAGAGCAGAUUGAUGUGGUGUUAAAUGCUUAUGGCCACAGCUGUCUUGUCUAUAGUAGGGCUUCAGAUGUUUCAACCAUGGCUGUUAGCUAUGGUGGAAAGUUCUUAGCAGAAAAAUCCUUGGUGCAGACAAAGCUUAUGCCUCGGCCACCAUCCUUCCUUUAGGGAGAACUGGCCAGGACUCAAUUGGUUGGGAGUGAUCACUAUAAUUUGACAAAGAGCAUUGCUGUCCCUAUUCAAAAACUAAAAUGUCGUCCUCCAAAGCACAGCAGACCUUGAGACUGAGCCCAGAAUGUGAAUCAGGUCUCCUAGGAUAUGUCUACAUCGAGGCUUGGUGGUGUGAUUCAUAGCGCAAGUACCUACUUGCUUGAGCCCAGUUAGUGAGAGGUCUAGCACACUAAAAAUAGCAGUGUGGAUGUUACAGCGCAGGUGGUAGCUCAGGCUCAGACACAGGGGUCAGGUGGGCUUGGACUAGAGCAACCAGCCAAUGCUCUAAUAGCCACAUUGAUAUUUUUUAGUGCACCAGCUUGAGCGCUAAAAUCACACCUUCAAGCUGCAGUUUAGACAUACCCCUACAGGGCUGUGUCUGAGCUGGUUUUGCAGAUUUUGUUUUUAAAAAUGUUGUAGCCUUUUUCUGUAGCAUGGACUCUGUGGCCCUUCGGCAUUGCUUUCUGAUGCUAUUUUGGAACCACCAAUGAUGGGCCCUGUGGGAGCUUCCCCUAGCCUCCUCACAUCAUGGGUUGGAUCUGGGAAGGGAAGAGAAGCUGCUUUAAAAAGCAAAGAAAUAGGAUCCUCUAAGGACCCCUGGAGGAAUGAAGAGAAUAAUAUGACACGGAGGCCAGAUAUACACUAGAAAUUCUUGAUGGUAUAGUAAUGGCAGUUCGAAUGGUAAUUUUUUUUAGUGACAUUUCUGUACCAGCAAAAGCCCUAGUGUAGACGUGGCCUCAGGGCUAGUAAGCGCAAAAAGAAAAAUAUAACCACAACUAUUAUUAAGCACAAAUGCAAUUGUUUAAGAUUAUUUUGCCUGAGUUUGGGGCUUGUUUCAUGCAAGAAAACUAAAUUUAUAAGAAUCCUAUUAACCAAGAAACUAUUCAGAAUGUGGAACUGACACUAAAAGAUAGAACAUUACUACAAAUUUGGGACUUCUUCACCAUCUGAGAGAUCUGGAUCUGCUUUCUGCUGGACUAGUGGGGACCAAGACUACUGCAGGAACAUCACAUUCAGGCUUUGGCUUGCUCAUUACUGAUCCUGACAGCCAAAGAAGGAACACUGUUUAAAAAAAAAAAAACUCUUACCUGUCUGGGUGUGAGACACUCACCUGUAUACAGCCAGAAAGACAUAACUGAUCUGGCCGGGUGGGCAGGUACAGAUAUGGGAGUUUUGCUGUUUAGAGCUACCCGAGGACCACAUGGUUGCUGGGGGAGAGGAAUUGAGCAGGUUCAUUUUCUCUCUCUCUCCCUAUUUUAAAGUUUAUUCUGUUCUCUAGACAGAAUUAGUCUUACUGUUGUCUUGCUAGAAUGCCUGUAUAAUUAUUUUAGCUCUUAGGUAGUGUGAGGAGUAGUAAAUGGUAGCAAGGGUUGAUAGCUUUUUUUGGUGGGGCUUUUGGUUUUGAUGGCCAAGUAGAGUGAAGUAGCUUAUUUUUACUUCACCUUCUUGAUAUUUUUUUUAUCUGUGUAUCAUGCCAUUUAAUUUGUAAUUAUUUUCUCAUUAAAAUGUAAUGUAUAGUUUAGCUCUUUUAGCACUUUGUUUCCUUGCUAUGCAAGAUAAGUAUCCAUUAUCAUAGAACUGUCUGGGAGGAGUUUGAAUUCUGUGCUUGGCUUAGAAAUACAUAAUGUGGUAUAUAACAUGCUUCAGAUAAUGCUUUGAUUUGUAUUUUGAA